AUGGCAACGGUGGCAGUGGCACCACGUGUCCCUUUGGUGAUCUCAAAUAAUAAUUGUAGAUUUAGCAACAGUCGCAGCGUCCGUCAAUGUCAUAAAUGUAGUUGGGUGGCACAUCCAGAAAGUUGGAGCCUUUCUUUUCAUAAUUCGACCUCAUUUUCUGCUUCAUCCUUGUUUGUCCAGAGAAGGGUGAGAAAGGGUUUUAGGAGCAUCGGAGUGGUCACAAAGGCGAUGGCGGAUUUGGGUCCAAGCACAGUCCUUGUCACUGGAGCUGGUGGUAGAACUGGUAAAAUAGUUUAUAAGAAGUUAAAGGAGGCAGACCAGUAUGUUGCUAGGGGUCUGGUUAGGACAGAAGAGAGCAAAGAGAGCAUUGGUGGAGCAGAUGAUAUUUUUAUUGGAGAUAUAAGGGAUGCCAACAGCAUUCUACCUGCAAUUCAAGGCAUUGAUGCUCUCGUUAUCCUUACAAGUGCUGUGCCAAGGAUGAAACCUGGAUUUGAUCCAACCAAAGGUGGGAGGCCUGAAUUCUAUUUUGAAGAUGGGUCAAAUCCUGAACAGGUUGAUUGGAUUGGACAGAAAAACCAAAUAGAUGCUGCCAAGGCUGCGGGAGUGAAGCAAAUUGUGUUAGUUGGGUCUAUGGGUGGAACAGAUAUUAAUAAUCCCCUCAAUAGCUUGGGUAAUGGGAAUAUAUUGGUUUGGAAGAGGAAGGCUGAGCAGUAUUUGGCUGACUCUGGUGUUCCAUACACAAUCAUAAGGGCUGGAGGCUUGCAAGAUAAAGAAGGCGGUAUCCGUGAACUACUGAUUGGAAAGGAUGAUGAGCUUCUGAAGACAGAAACAAGAACCAUUGCCAGAGCUGAUGUUGCAGAAGUCUGCAUUCAGGCACUACAGUUCGAGGAGGCCAAGUUUAAAGCAUUUGAUUUGGCCUCAAAGCCUGAGGGAACUGGGACACCAACCAAGGAUUUCAAGGCUCUAUUUUCCCAGAUCACUACUCGGUUCUGA